AUGAUCCAGUCUAUUGCUCUUCUGGCCCUUGCCAGCCCGGCCUUUGCCGGUGUCAUGCAGGCUCGUGGUGAGGCUUAUGCCCCUUCCAGCGCUGCUCAUCACCACGUUGAGGAGUGGGGUAACAGCUGGAGCCGUCCUGCCGACGAGCCUUCGUGGACCAGCCCCUGCUCCACCAGCACAACUCCCACUCCCACCCCGGAGUCCAGCACCACCCCGUGCACCUACUCUACUACUCCCACCCCGGAGUCCACUUCUACCCCGUGCACCUCUACUACUCCCACCCCGGAGUCCAGCACCACCCCCCACCACACCAAGUCCUCUCACACUCCUGUGAUCCCUGGCACCACUAAGACUAUCACCAUUGUCACCACCACCUGCCCUGUCACCUCGUCGGUUGUCACCUCUGGCUCCUCGACCUAUACUGUCCCUGUCACUGAGACCAGCACCAUCACCCUCACCAAGACCACUGUCUGCACUGCUUGCGAGGAGAAGCCCAUGACCUUCGCCAACGCGACUGUCCCCGCCACUGUUCCCGGCACUGUUCCCGGCACUGCCGUUGUGGUCCCCACCUCCUCUGCCGUCGUUGUGCCCGGAUCCUCGGUCGUGCCCGCUGUCUCCACCGCUGAGGCCUCUUCCGUCCCUGCUCAGUCGGCCUCCGUCCCUGCUCAGUCGGCCUCCGUCCCUGCUCAGUCGGCCUCCGUCCCUGCUCAGUCGGCCUCCGUCCCUGCUGAGUCGGCCUCUGUCCCUGCUGAGUCGGCCUCCGUCCCUGCUGAGUCGGCCUCCGUCCCUGCUGCGUCUCCCUCCACCCCCGCUGAGUCUGCUGCCUCUGUCCCCGCUGAGUCUCAGGCCGCUUCUACUGCCGUUGCUGUGCCCUCCGAGUCGGCUGCCGCCUCUGUCCCCGCUGAGUCUGCUGCCUCUGUCCCCGCUGAGACCCAGGCUGCUUCCACUGCCGUCUCCGUGCCCUCUGGAUCUUCCUCCGUCCCCACUGAGCAGACCAGCGCCCCCGGUACCUUCACUGGUGCUGCCUCCAGCAUCAAGCCCGCUGCCGGUCUCUUGGCUGGUGUUGUCGGUCUCUUCGCUCUGCUGUAA